AUGAGACAGUUGGGAUGGAACUUGAACGGGGUUCAUUUGCAAAAGUUGGAGAAUCCAACCUGCUGCUGUGGGAAUAGUGCCUCACGUCGACACACACACACAAAAGCAGAUAUGGCACAUGUGCAGAACUUGUGGAGAGCAUCCAUGUGGUUUGAGCAUUCUCAUCGUCUACUGCAGCCUUUGCUUGGUCUUUUCCAUUCAGAGCCUGGAAAUGGUCUGUGGAAGCGCAAAGCUGAUGCUGCUUUCCAACGCUGCACGACAAUCAAAUCUUUUCUUGAGGAGACACUGUUAGCCAUCCCUGACUCCGUUUUGGAUUCACCUAUUACUGAGGCAUCUUCUGGUUGGGUAGAUACUUUUGCCAAUUCGAAGGUUUUGCUGCCUCCUCCAUAUACUGCAACAGAAGAAGAGGUACUGUAUGAUUAG